AUGUCCACUGGCUCCUGGAGCCGGAAUGGGAGAAGCGUCUUACGGCCAACUCUCCAUCCGUCGUGCUCGCCAUGGCUCUUCACCACACGAAUGGCAUCCUCUGCGCGGCUACGGAACAGGCCGACGAGGAUGUCGUUGUCGCCGAAUGUAGCCAAAGCAAGUCUCAAGAAAGAUCGCGCCCGCAGUGAGCGAGGCCCAUGGUCCAAUCUUAAUCAGACAGAAGCCCGACUUCGAGGGAAAGCCAUGCCCAGGUCCCAAGCAGCCAUGAAAAGAUCAUCGCGAGGAAAGGACGAAGAUGCAAAAGGAACGAAGAAAGAGGAAUCGCCUCUAUACAAGGCAUUGAAAAUGCAGACUGCGCUCUCUCCGUUGAACUACAACUUGCGAAACUCGAUCAAAGAACGAAUUGCCAGCAUCAUGAAAUUUGAUCAAUUCAAGCUGCUUCCGGUCGUUCAAGAGUCAAUACUCACACAAGGCCUCCCAGACUAUAUCGAUGUCUCGCCGACCCCUAUCCAAAGCGUUGCAAUACCUGCGUUACUGCAAGGUGCAGAUGACAAGCGGAAUACAAGGAAGAAGAAAGGAGACGUCGUCUACAACUAUGAUCAGUUUUUAUUAGCGGCGGAAACAGGGUCUGGCAAGACGUUGGCCUAUCUAGUACCUCUGAUUGACAAUAUUAAGCGCACGGAAUUGGCAGAAAACGAAGAAAAGGAGAAAGAGCUAGCCGAGAAGGCGAAAGAGAAUGAAAAAAGAGCCAAGGAGCGAGCUUUCGAACUCGAACCCCCAGAGUUGUCGGAGAAUCUCACUACUUCGGCGGGCCGACCAAGAGCGAUUAUCCUACUUCCCACAUCAGAACUGGUUUCGCAGGUCGGUGCCAAAGUCAAAGCAUUUGCGCACACGGUGAAGUUUCGUUCUGGUCAAAUAUCUUCCUCCGAUACGCCACGGAAAAUCAAAAGCACCGUUUUCAAAGCGGAUGGAAUUGAUAUACUCGUCUCGACGCCACACCUUUUGGCAUCCAUUGCCAAGACUGAUCCUUACGUCUUGAGCCGUGUUCAACAUAUCGUUGUCGAUGAAGCUGAUUCCCUUCUUGACCGGUCUUUCGGGCCUACAACAAUGGAAAUAAUCGAUAAGGCAGCCUCGAGCCUCAAACAAGUGAUUCUUUGUUCAGCCACCAUCCCGCGCAGUCUUGAUACCUUCUUGCGCAAGAGGUACCCUGAUAUUCGUCGCUUAGCCACCCCGAAUCUGCACGCGAUCCCACGACGAGUCCAGCUCGGAGUCGUAGACGUCGACCAGGAUCCAUAUCACGGCAACCGCAGUUUGGCUUGCGCUGAAGUUAUAUGGUCUAUCGGUAAAUCAGGAGAGACCGAAUCCAUGGGUCCAUUCAACAGAUACAUGGACCCCGAAGUCCGAAAAAUCAUUGUCUUCGUCAACGAGCGUGAAGAGGCUGAAGAAGUAGCCCAGUUUCUACAAAGGAAGGGCAUAGACGCCGUAUCCUUCUCCCGCGACUCGGAGAAGCGCCAGAAAGAAAUCCUCGAAGAAUUUACAGAACCCAGACGCAUCCCCACUACUAAACAAAUCCUCGAAAAACAACGAGAACGCCGAUUACAACACUCCGCCAUUCCCGUCGUACUACCAGAACGCACCGCUCCGAAAUCAGCAGAGACCAAGUUUUUGAAGGGGACAAAGGUCAUGGUCACCACGGACCUGGGCUCUCGCGGCAUUGACACGCUGCCCGUCCGAACAGUCAUUUUGUAUCAUGUUCCGCACACCACGAUCGAUUUUAUCCAUCGUCUAGGCCGCGUCGGGCGCAUGGGCAAGCGUGGUCGAGGAAUUGUCCUGGUCGGGAAGAAAGAUCGCAAGGAUGUGGUGAGGGAAGUGCGCGAAGCGAUGUAUCGUGGCCAGGCUUUGAUUUAA